AUGCAGCACAAGAGGAAACACCAGCCCUCCGAGGCUGGCCAAAACCCCCAGAAACGUCAAAAGUCCGCCAAUGCAAAAAAUGCUCCCUCCAAGAAGCGCAAGGUCCCUGCUAGCGCACUACCAUGGAAGAAGGUCGAGGUGCCCGAGAUGUUUGACGAUGCCGAAGGUUUCUACGGCCUCGAGGUCAUUGAGGGCGUCGACGUCGUCAAGGAUGGCGACAAUGUGCAAUUCGUCGCUGCCAUACCCUCCGGCGACGAAAAGGACCACACCGACGCAGAGUUCGAGGGCUUCAGCGACUCCGAACCCGCCCCUGCCCAAUCCGAACCGGUGAUAGAGACCGCCGAGACGAGCACCAAGGCGGAACCAAAGAAGUCGAAGAAGGAGAAAAAGGCAGCAAGGGUGGAACAACAACAGCCCAAGGACGACAAGCCUGCAGACAAGACAGACGACGCCAGAGACGCCUCCGAGCGACCGCCAGAACAGCCAAAGAGCAAGAACCAGAAGAAGAAGAAGGAGAAGAAGGCCCAGCCCAAUCCCGACGACGCCAAGCUCGAGAGCAGCGGCUUCGCCGCCCUGGAAGAGGUCCAAGACGCCGACGAAGACCUCGACAUGACCCCCUGGGUCGACCUCGGCCUCUCGCCCGCUCUGGUCGCGGCUAUCGCCAAGCUCAAGUUCGCCAAGCCCACAAACAUCCAGUCCUCCACCAUACCCGACAUCCUGGCCGGCCACGACGUCAUCGGAAAGGCCUCGACCGGUUCCGGCAAGACCCUGGCCUUCUCCAUCCCCAUCGUCGAGGAAUGGGUCGACAAGCACGACGGCGACGGCAACGCCGACGGGGAGAGGCCCUCAAAGCCCGACAAUACGCCCUUCGCGCUGAUCCUGUCGCCCACGAGAGAGCUGGCACACCAGAUCACCAACCACAUCAAGAACCUCUGCGCAGGCUUGCUCAACGCCCCCUUCGUCUGCUCGGUGACGGGCGGCCUGUCCGUCUUCAAGCAGCAGAGACAGUUGGCCAAGGCCGACAUCGUCAUCGGCACGCCGGGACGUCUGUGGGAGGUCAUCAGCGGCAGCCGGGAGCUGCUCGCCGGGUUCAGGAAGAUCAGGUACCUGGUCGUCGAUGAGGCCGACAGGCUGCUGAGCGAGGGACACUUCAAAGAGGCCGGCCAGAUCCUCGACGCCCUCGAUCGCGAGGUGAUUGAAGACGAAGGAGAGGACUACGACAACGAGAAGGGCCUUUCGGACCGGCAGACGCUCGUCUUCUCGGCCACGUUCCACCAGGGGCUGCAGCAGAAGCUGGCGGGCAAGGGCAAAUGGGGUCUCAUGUCGGAGAAGGAGUCAAUGGAGUAUCUGCUCAAGAAGCUCAACUUCCGCGAGGAGAAGCCAAAGUUCAUCGACGUGAACCCGGCCAAGCAGAUGGCCGCCGGUCUGAAGGAGGGUCUCAUCGAGUGCGGUGCUAUGGAAAAGGACCUCUACCUCUACACCGUCAUCUUGCUCAACCCUAACCGCCGGACCCUCGUCUUCACCAACUCCAUCAGCGCCGUCCGCCGCCUUGCCCCCUUCCUGCAGAACCUCAAUAUCAACGCGACGGCGCUGCACUCGCAGAUGGCGCAAAAGGCCCGUCUGCGCUCCAUCGAGCGCUUCAAGGCCUCCAAGCCCAACACAACCGCCGUCCUCAUCGCCACCGACGUCGCCGCCCGCGGCCUCGACAUCCCCGGCAUCGACCAGGUCAUCCACUACCACGUGCCCCGCGCCGCCGACAUGUACGUCCACCGCUCCGGCCGUACCGCCCGCGCCGAGCGCACCGGCCUCAGCAUCAUCCUCUGCGGGCCCGACGAGGUCGUCCCCACCCGCCGCCUCGCCGCCAAGGUCCACGCCGAGCAGCACGAGCAGGCGACGGGCAAGAAGAAGUACCUCAUGCGCACCAUCGACAUUGACCGGCGCAUCGCCUCCCGCCUCAAGCCGCGCGUCGACCUCGCCAAGAAGCUCACCGACGCCACCCUCGCCAAGGAGAAGGGCACCAAGGACGAGGACUGGGUCCGCGCCGCCGCCGACGAGCUCGGCGUCGAGUACGACAGCGACGAGCUCGACAAGGCCGGCAGCUGGACCGGCCGCGGCAGCCAGCGCAAGAAGAAGCAGCAGGAGGACAAGAACAUGCCAAAGGCCGAGAUGGCCGCCAUGCGCGCCCAGCUGCGCGACCUGCUCUCCAGGCGCGUCAACACCGGCGUCAGCGAGAAGUACAUCACCUCCGGCACCCUCGACGUCGACGCGCUGCUGCGCGGCGGCGCCGGCGACUUCCUCGGCAAGGUCGACGGCCUAGACAUGGACGACUUCUAG